UCUGCAGAAUAGUCCCCAAAGAAGUUAACUCCACGAGAUGGUUCGGUCUGAGGGGUAGGCACUUUCUGAUUCUGAAAACAGUAUAAUCCUUUCCUUUAGGUAUAUAUAAUCCUAUCCUCUUCUCAUUCUUUCUUCACUAAACUAACUAAUUAUAAUGGCGUUCACUCAAACGACACAGAACCACUCGUCGUUUUCCUCGUCCGCGGCCCUGUUCGCCGUCGUUGACAUGGACUGGUCGUUCAUGGGGGAGUUUUUAAAGGGCAUGGUGAAGCCACUGGCUGCCACCGUGCUGGUUCUCUUGGCUGUAGCGUUGUCCUUCUUACAGAAACUCGGAAUGGAGAGUGAGAUGGUUUAUUCCAUUGUCAGAGCCUUUGUUCAGCUCUCUGUAAUUGGGUUUGUUCUUCAGUUCAUUUUCACUCAACACAAUGUUGGUUGGAUUCUUCUCGCUUACCUUUUCAUGGUGACAGUGGCCGGUUACACCGCUGGUCAACGGGCAAAACACGUUCCCAGAGGGAAAUUAGUGGCAGGAGUGUCGAUCCUGGCGGGCACCUCAUUGACGAUGUUCUUUCUGGUUGUUCUGAGAGUAUUUCCGUUCACUCCACGCUAUAUUAUCCCUGUUGCAGGAAUGAUGGUUGGGAAUUCAAUGACUGUAACUGGGGUCACCAUGAAAAGACUCAGAGACGAUAUCAGAACUCAGAUCAAUCUGGUGGAGACAGCACUGGCUCUUGGGGCGACACCGCGGCAAGCGACGGUUCAGCAGGUAAAGAGGGCUCUUGUGAUAUCUCUGUCGCCAGUAAUAGACAACACGAAGACAGUGGGGCUUAUCUCGCUUCCUGGGGCAAUGACUGGGCUUAUUAUGGGAGGAGCCUCUCCAUUAGAGGCUAUUCAACUUCAGAUUAUAGUCAUGAACUUUAUGAUUGGUGCUUGUACCGUUAGUAGUGUUUUGUCUACCUAUCUAUGUUGGCCUUCUUUCUUCACCAAAGCCUAUCAGUUACAAACCAAAGUUUUUGUGCCACCAUAAUAAUUAUUGCCAUCCCUAAAUCUAAUCGAUCAUCAAUUAAAUCAAGCCUAUUAAUUAUUA